CAAAAUAUAAAAUACAUGAAAUAUGUGCGUUGCUAUACGCACAAAAAUAUCCUAACAAGGCAGGCUUUGACAAUCAAUCAUGUUGUGCAGCCAUACGGAGUUGAGGCUUUAUAUUUUAUGUUGUACACAGCAUUGAGCACAGUUUUUAAAAUUUCACGUGUAAUUUCCGAAAAAAAAUCUUCCACAAUUGCUACCAUUAUUCAAUCUCUUCAGUUUUAAUCGAUUUGGCGUGAACUAAUACAAUGUCGAAGCGGGACAGGGCCUACGCGCAGGCAGAAGAACGGUGGCUCGACCUCGUCUCGUCGAGCAGUGGCAUAGUGCCACAAUCAGUCGCCGCACCAGGUCCCCUGGGCGUGGAAGUGGCCGAUGAAGAACGGCCACAUUUAAGCCGGGAACAGAUCGCGAAUGAGCAGCAGCUGCUGGAUCCCGCGGUGGACAGCCUGCUGCACAUCAUCUCCGACGAUUCGGAGAUUUGCAGUCUCAUAUCGAGCGAUGGCACCGACUUCCAUGGCUGGCUUGAUCAGGACGACGUGGAUACCACAGAGGAGACCGUAGGCCAUGACGUCUACGGACUCUGUCGCACCAUGCAGUCACAGGCCGAAGAUCUACAAGCCACAAACUACUCUGCCUGCACACCACCCAAACGGCCGCGAAUGAGCUGCGAAAUAAUCGAAAUCAAUGAUUCUCCAGAGGCGGCCACAGACUCGGGCGUGGUCUUUAUGCAAUCGGUUUCCACAAAUCCCGGGGUUCUGCUCACCAACGGCAGCCUCGUCGAUGCUCGUCUGUUUGAGAUUCUGCCGCAUAGCGAGGAGCAAGCUCUCGAAAUGGUUGACCCAAGCAGUGCCGAGCAGUGCGUUGUCUACGAAGACGUGGACGGUGAAAUCGUCCUGGCCGAGGAGCACUGCUGCGAGAUAAUAGUCUCGACGCAGAACGAGCAGGCCUUCCUUAUGUCCGGCAACGGAGCUCUGAUCCGGCAUCAUCUGAACGGCUCGGGCUACAUCGAUGGCGUGGCAGGGGAUGAGGAUGAGGAAGGGACGCACAUGGAGGCCGGCAACAAUGUAUAUCUCAGCGAUGCGGCUCUGGACCAGCCCAUGGUCCAUCAUCAUGAGCUGGUCGAAGGAGAUGGGCUCGAGGAUGAGGAGGCGCACAACGACAAUGACAAUGAGAAUGAUGCAAACUUUGUGGACGACACUCCGCUGGAGGAAGAGCGUCCCGACAUUUGUCAGGUGUACGAUCACGAGUUGGAGGACCACGACAACGAGGGGGAGGAGGAGGAUGAGAUCCAGCAGGGGCACCAUCAUCAUCAGCUACAUCUGGAACAGGAGCUUCCUCUGGAGCAUGUCCCAGAGAUGGACACAGAGCAAUCCCAGCAGCCCAUUGUUAUCAGCGACAUGGAGGAGGAGGAGCAGCCCGAACCGGAGCCCGAGGCUGAGCACAGCAGCCCCACACAAUUUCCAAAUAGCUCUUCGUCCACGCCCAACGGCAGCGACAACUACGCAGAUUUCAAUCUGGGCCUGGGCGAUGAGGAUAGGCCAAGGAAAAUACAUCCGGCAAAGCGCAAGUAUCCUCCACUGCUGAAGAACACCCUCUUCUCGGAGGCCAUGGACCGGCGGCUGGCCACCAUCUGCCAGGCCCAGCCACAGAUGAGUCUCAGUGAGAAGGUGGAGACCUGGGAGACGGCCACCACCCACGACUGUGAGGCUGUCGAGGAUGUGGAGAACUUCCAGGCCACCUUCGAGCAGCACGAGGCUUCCAUUCCGCACCAGCGGCACAGCUUCAACGAGUUUUGCGAGACAUUGGUUCGCAAUAUGGAAAAGGUAAGCCGCCAGUUUAUGCAUAGUCCAGCCCAAUCGGCAGUGGACCAGGACCAGGCCAGCGCCAGCCAAGGGACAUCCGCUCCGGAGAAGCCCCCCAUUCAGCGACGCCAGCUGCAUGUGCUGCCCACAGAGGAUACCAUUAUUCUGGACGAGGAUGACGAGGAUGAUUGCUACGAGGUGGGCGGGGACAAUCCAUCUGUGGCCACCCUCACACCGGAGGCUGAAUUGCAGGCACUCUCCUCGGAGCAGGAGGAGCAGCAGCAGCAGCAGCUGCUGGAGGACUUCAAAAUGGUGCCCGACAUGAAGACAAUUCAGACACAGACCUCAGUCCAGAGACUGGCCACAAAGGAGACUUCCACAGCAGAUCUGGCACCGCUGGCAGUGGCCUCAGUGUCCACUGCAUCCGCAGAAUCUCCCGCCCCUGCUGUCGCUCUCGCAGCCAUGCCGGCUGCUAUUGCUAUUAAUUCCACGGAAACUGAAGUUGACCGUGAGCUGGCGGACGUUGUCCUUGGCUUGAUGCGAAAGAAUGUCACGAAACGGCACAAAGAGCUACUGCUGGAGGAGCAGCAGCAUUCCCGCUAUCGGGAGAGUCCCAAUCCCCCAUCGGAUGUGUCGCUUAGCCUGAGGGUUGGACAGAAUGCUGACGCCUUUGGCGAUUGCCCCAACGAUGCCAUGUUCUACGAGCAGCAGGAGUUCUGCAACUAUCUGGGACUCACGGAGAUGUCCACGGCCAAUGCAGUAGCCACGGCCAUGCGGGAGCUGGCCAACAGCACGGUGGCCCGACGCUCCCUGAGAGUGCGGCCGCAGGAGCAGCUGGACAGGAUGCGAUGUGAUGUGCGUGGCAAGCGGAAGAAGAGGAAACAGCAGCUUCAGCAGCUUGUGGCUUUGAACACCAGCAGUGAGCAGAGCACAGAGGAGCAAGCCGCAGCCUUAGUCGCGGAAGAGCAGCGUCAGUCCACCCAAGCGUAUGACCAAUACUAUGAGGCACAGGGCGAUCACCCAAUAUCCUCGGAUGCGGAGGACGAGGGGGCGGCGGAUGGAGAGGCUGACGAUAGAUGCUCGAAGUCUGAAUUGGUGGAGGCGGCCUUUGCCCAGGUCUAUGCCGCUGUCACACCCACCCAGGACCAGUUGCUGGAGACCGUGCAGCAGCAGCACCACCAGCCAGAGAAGGACACAAGGUGCUCCAAGUCUGAACUGGUAGAGGCUGCCUUCGCCCAGGUCUACGCCGCUGCCGCCCCGGCCCGUGAGGAGCUGCUGGAGUGUAUGCAGAAGCGCUUGCGACAGGCACGUGAGACGAAGCCAUCCAUCUACAUUGUCCAAUCGAUGAGUAAUGCUCCGCCAGUGGCGCUGCCAGUGGCACAACCAACGCCGCGCGCACCCACACGCACGCGUACCCUCACGCCCUCUCCCACCCGCAACGUCGAGACGGCGGGCUAUGGCGGUCCGCGUCCCUCUGUGGAGAGCUCCAGCCCAGACAGAUCCAGACAGCUGAAACACAAUCCAAAGCCAACUAAAAACCAAGCACAAACCUCCAAAACUCCCCGAAAGAGUCAGGCUGAGAGCAAGAAGCCAAGGACAUCGGUGGGUGCAUCGUCUCCUACCAAAGCGGGAGCACCUGCCCGCACCCGCGACCUGGUCACGCGCUCCACCACGCACAUGAACUCGAAGCUGCUACGCAAUCGAAAGGUCAGCCUUCUGAAGAGCUAUGCUCUCUCGGAUGCGGAUGCUCAGGGCAGGGGCAAGCGACUGAGCGGUGGCACCGCCGCAGGAGCAGCCCCGAAGAAGUCUGCCAAAGGAAGCGCGAAGAAAGCAACGGAGGCCACGGAGACCCUGGAUAAGAAGUUGCCCGAACAGCAUCGUCUCGAGCAGCAGCAGACGACGGCUGCUGCUCCACCGCAUUCUCCCAAAAAGACGGUAGGGAAGGUAACCAACGCCGUGGUCGGAGAUGCUGGAGGUAAUCGCCCAAAGAGCUACAGGCGUGCGCGAGCCCACACGAUGCCUGGGGCUGGGGUCUCUGUUCAAACAGCAGCUGGACCCUUGCCUUUUGCCCAGUUUCCCAGUUCUCUCCAUGUAACUGCUGAUCCUCAUCAAAUCAAGGCCUUGAUGGACGACUCCCAAGAGUUUUUCGCAAAACAUGCACGCACAUCCCCAGCUAAAGACCUCGUGGGUCGAUAUUUGUUAAGUGCCCGUCAGUUUGCCCAACCUCAAGAGCCACUGUUGGAGCAGCAGCAGCUUUACAUGCAGGCCAAUCCCCCGAGCUACAGCCAGUAUAUGCAAACAAACAAUUCAAACUAUGCCCAGUAUGCCAGUUUGGCCAAGCCCGUCUUGGUCUAUCCGCCACCGAGAGGAUCGGAUAUCGGACAGAAGGAGAGGGAGAAGGAUAUACAUUUCUCGCGUCGUCGGCCGUCGCAGCAGACGGAUAAUGCUGGGUCAUAUACCGAUAUCAAUCGUACCCUUCCCCCCGGUAGCAUGGUCCGACUCUGCGAUGGAUCUCGUAUGCUAAGCAACCCGCUGGCGGGCAAACACGGCAAAGUGUUGUACAUCUACUAUGAGCUGGACCAGCUGAUAGUUCUGCAGGAGCACUGCGUCAGCUUCUGGAAGUACUCGAAGGUCUUCAAUGUCUUGCACAAGCCACGUACGCCAAGCUCAGCACAGGAGAAUAAAGCCUCGACACACUCGAUACUUCCGGGCCAAGGCACUGAGUCGAAAGCCACAGAAUCGGAACACUCCUAUGCAGAGGAAGACUUUGAACGGGGCCCGCGUUGGGUGAAUCUGGGAAAACUGAGGCGCAUUACGAAUGACAAUGAGGUGUUUGCGCCGUUCGGGAAUAGACUUUGUGUGCACAAUUCAACGCCUGUGUACGUGGAGAUGCGCUGCCAUCCGCUGGACCACCACAAGCGGGAAGUGACGCUGACGUCGCUGCAUGUGAACGUUUACUACUACUGCGAGGAGGAGCUGCGCCCCAAGAUGCAUUCCGUGCAUUUGGAUGCGGUCAGCUGUGACGGGUCGCAUGUGAUUUUCACAAGCAUUGCAGAGUCUCGCUACUUUGUGGUGGCCUGGCAGCAGGAGGUGGUGAUGGGUAAGCCGCGCUCGGGCAUCUGCAAGUACUCGCUGACCCCCACGCUGGACACGCUGGCCUCGAUACGCGAGUUCAAGCAGCUGCGGCACGAGCUGAAGCACAUUGAGUGCCUCACGGAGGAUCGCCUGAUUGGCUAUGGACUGACACGCAUCACGAUCUGGGACCAUCGCAGCGGAGACACGCUGAUGAACUAUGACCUCUGCUGCCCGCUGGGCCGCACUCUGGCCACCAUGCACUACCCCAGCUUCGAAAUGGACCAGAGCAGCAUGCUGGUGCUCUAUCAGCACAUCGAGUCCCAGGAGCAGUUGGACAAGCCCUCCGAGGUACACGUGAUUGCCUGCGAGCUGUCGCAUGCGACGCCCUCGCAUCGUCUGUUGCAGGUGCACCGCCUGCCAACACCUCAGUUUAAUGAGCAGAUUCAGGCCGUCAACACCGGGGACCACCUGAUCCUCAAGGCCGGCACUGGCGAAGAGAUUUGGAUAAGUUCCGCCGAUCCCAGGCAGUUGACGUACGUGGCACCUCAGGCGAAUGGCUCACAGCGCUUCUAUGCGCGCCACAAGUCACAGGUUAUCGAGUUGUCGCCGCGCACCCUCACCGUGGACAGCAUCGCCAACCACAUGCUGCAACUGGCCGUUCAGCAGCAGCAACAGAUUAUGAACAGCAGCCAGUCGACCAUGUCAGCAUCUGGCACUGCUUCAAUCCAGUCCAUGCCCGUACCAGUAUGAACCGACAGAGAGGCUCCCUUAGCCCAAGUUCUUUAUCUAGCCGUCUGUUCCUGCUCCUUGUGCGACUUGUGUCUCUCACCAGAUUCGACGAUACGUUAAUGGCGUCUAAAUCUGAAAUGUAAUAUUCAUAAAUCCCACAGACGAACUCUCACUCGUACAUCAAAUAUACUUGAAGGUAUCGGAUGAUACAGCCCCUGUA